GAAGGAAACUUGGCCCUAAACCCUGAACCUGCACCAACAACCCCGAGUUACCUGUAGAACCUCACCUCCGUCCGAGUUGCCUGUAGAAGCCUAAUCUCACCUCCGUCCUCACCUCCGUCCGAGUUACCUGUAGAACCCUAACCUCACCUCCGUCCGAGUUCUACAACUCCGAGUUUCAGCUCCACAUCCCACCAGCUAUGGCGCUUAGCUCACUUCGUCUCCGCCGAACCCUAACCUCCUUAUCUACUCUCCGUCGCUCUCUCGCCGCGGCUUCUUCAUCAGUCUCGGCUCCUCCUCUUCUUCAUCUCCACGAUUCCGUACAAUCACCGCUUGCUUCGCCGGUUCAGUCUCGUGUCCAGCUCCUUCAAUCUCGUAGGUUCAGGUCGUCUGCGAUGUCGCUACUGUCCUCCCGAUCGGCGUACAAUAGCAGUAACAACCGGAGCGAUGAAAUUGGACCCGAUACGAUACUUUUCGAAGGUUGCGAUUAUAACCACUGGCUAAUCGUCAUGGAUUUCCCUAAGGAUCAAAAGAUUUCUCCUGAAGAGAUGGUUCGCACGUACGAAGAGACUUGUGCCAAGGGCUUGAACAUCAGUGUUGAAGAGGCAAAAAAGAAAAUGUAUGCUUGUAGCACAACGACUUAUGUAGGAUUUCAAGCUGUGAUGACAGAAGAAGAGUCAGAAAAGUUUCAUGAUUUACCUGGGGUAGUUUUUGUACUGCCGGAUUCGUACAUUGACCCACAGAACAAGGAGUAUGGAGGGGAUAAAUACAUUAACGGAACAAUCAUACCAAGACCACCUCCUGUUCAGUAUGGCAGGCAGACAGGAAGAUAUCGUGAUCGCAACAGGUACCCGGACCAACCAAGAUAUGAUCGGCAAGGAGGACCAAUGCCAAACCAGCAAGGGAAUCCACCAUAUGGUAAUCAGGGGUCGAUGCAAGGAGGUGGAAGGAAUUAUGGGAAUCAACAGAAUUAUCCCCCUCAACAAAAUUAUGGUACGCCAGCACAAGGAGAUAGAAGAGAUCCAAUGCCAAUGAAUGCUCCACAGGGACGAGAUCCUUACCAGCCAGGUAGAGGAGGUCCCGUGCCUUCAUAUCAGGGCAAUUACAACCAAGGGGACCCGGGAAAUUAUCAGAACUUCCCACAAGGAGAUCAGAGAAACUCUGCACCUCGUACUAGGCAAGGAGAUUAGAGUUCCUAUUUUGAGAGGUUGGCAAUGUGAAUUUGAUUUACCAGUUAUAAUUUCGUUAGUUAAAUCAAUUGUCUGCAUUAAAAAGUUUGCUAAGUUCUUGGUUCACCUGUACUUUGUGUCUUGAAGGCAUGUUUGAUGACUUGUUGCUUUUAAACUAUCGUUCUGUUAAACUUCA